AUGACCAAAUUGACUCUUUCUUCACGUACACGAGAGACUGUAGACUCAUUUCUACAGUUUAUUAACAAGAGUCCAUCACCUUUUCACGCCGUAUAUGAGACUAUACAAACACUUACAGCUGCUGGCUUCAAGCAGCUACACGAGGAAGACUCGUGGAAGGACAGUAUACAACCCAAUGGCAAGUACUACGUGACACGCAACCAAUCAGCGAUCGUAGCGUUUGCUGUCGGUGGUAAAUACGAGCGUGGCAAUGGUUUCCACGUUAUUGGUGCUCACACAGACAGUCCAUGUCUUAAGGUCAAACCCGUGUCCAAUAUUGAGUCCAAGGGUUGGCUUCAAGUUGGUGUCGAGACGUACGGCGGAGGUCUAUUCCAUACGUGGUUUGACCGUGACUUGGGACUUGCAGGGCGUGUCAUUAUUCGUGAGAGCGACGUGAGCUUUCAGUCGAAAUUGCUGCUUGUAAACCGCCCUAUUCUUCGCAUUCCUACGCUCGCAAUUCACUUGGAUAGUCAAGUUAGUGCAGGCUUUACGUUUAAUAAGGAGACGCAUCUACGUCCCGUCAUUGCCUCAGCUGCUCGUGCUGAGUUGGAGAAGACAAUGGACGGGAAAGAUCAGCCCAAGUCUAAGCAUACGUCGGUGCUGUUGCAGCUUAUUGCAAAGGAGUUGGACGUUGAAAUUGAUCAGAUUUGCGACUUUGAGUUGUGUCUCUUUGACACGCAGGGAGCGAACGUUGGUGGUGUGUUGGAAGAGUUCAUCUUUUCACCCAGAUUAGACAAUUUGUGCUGCUCAUGGCUGGCCACACAGGCAUUGAUCAAGUCCUUGGACAAUUUGGCGGACGACGAGAACGUUCGUGUGGCUGCACUGUUUGAUAACGAAGAGGUGGGGUCGCAGUCUCUCAUGGGAGCCGGGUCUAAUUUCAUACAGUCAGUGGCGGAGUGUGUGGCACAGGGGGAGCUAUGCGGCCCCGCGGUCAGGAAAUCGUUCAUGGUGUCGGCUGAUAUGGCCCAUGGCGUCCACCCCAAUUACGCUGAAAAGCACGAGCAGAAUCAUCAACCAGCUAUACAUGCGGGACCUGUGAUCAAGUACAAUGCCAACGAGCGUUACGCCACAAGCGGUACAUCGGCUUUCUUGAUGAAGGAGCUUGCACGUCGUCACAAUGUGGACGUUCAGGAAUUUGUCGUGCGUCAAGAUGCUCGCUGCGGUUCCACGAUUGGUCCGAUUCUGUCGACCAACACGGGCAUCCGCACGAUCGAUGUGGGUCUAGCUCAACUGAGCAUGCACAGCAUCCGUGAGAUGUGCGGCACGGAGGAUCUGGUCAAGUCGCUGGACUGGUUUACGGCUUUCUAUUCGGAGUUUUCGUCCCUCGACAAGUGCCUCAAGACCGAUUAA